CAACUGAUUAAAUUAUUGUGUAUUUCAUUCUGUGUUCUUUUUUUAAUUGCUUUUGAAAAAUGAUACGGAUAUCCAAACUCGCAUCGAGUGUAAAAUGCUGUCCCCGUGCUUUCAUGAUCUACUGGUUUGGUGACUGUGGCACAUUGAUCCAGUCCCCUGCAGCCGCAGAGGGUCCGGUGCGGUGCAGCCAUACUGUCCGCCCCAGCCUCGCUCUCUGUGGGAAGUGAGCGGGCAUUCAGAGAGGAUGCUGAGGCCUGCCAGUCCCGCAACACAAGCACCCGCAACCCGGGACUACUAGGCUGGUCCGGGCUAUGGCUGCACCCAUCGCACAUUUCGAUGAAGACUGGCCGAUUGCGGGUGAUUUGAGCAUGGUGUCAGACCAGAGGCUGCUGGCGCACAAAGGCCGUGCAGCCUCCGCGGAUGGUGAGGAUGAUAUCCCCGAGCUGCACGACAGCAGCUUCUCCCCGGGGGAAACCGGUGCUUUCCAGUCCAUGGAGGACCUGGUGAACGAUUUUGAGGAGAAGUUGUCCUCCUGCUUUCACAAUUAUAACGCCAGGACGGAAAGUAUCGCUCCUGUGAGUGAGAUCACCGAGGACUGUCUGCUGGACAAAGACGAAAUCUGGAACACUCUGACCAAUAACUAUGGCCGUGUGAUGCCUGUGGACUGGAAACAGUCUCGAACAUGCUCCCUACACAUCCCCACAUUCAACCUGGAGGAGAAACCCGGGUGAGGAGCCUAAGUGUCGCAGAGCUGAAUGAACGUCUGGAGGAGACAGAGACAAACAUCAGGAGGUUCUCAGAGGAGCUGGUGCAGCAGCUGGCUCUCAGAGACGAGCUGGACUUUGAGAAGGAGGUGAAGAACAGCUUCAUCUCUGCGCUCAUCGACGUGCAGAACCGGCAGAAGGAGCACCGCGAGCUGCUGAAGAAGAAGAAGAAGCUUAAAAGUGGAGCCGGGACGUCGCAGGGUCACGUUGAAAAGACACUUGGAUCACGUUUUAGCAUGGAGGGACUCUCCUCAGUCAUUCAGAGCAGCUUCCGGCAAACAUUUGGGAGUGGGUGCAUUGAAAGACAGUAUUUGACCACAGUCAUCCCUUACGAGAAAAAAGGACAUCCUCCUUCGCUCGAGGACCUCCAGAUCCUGACUAAGAUUCUACAAGCUAUGAGAGACGACAGUGACAAGGUGCCCAGUCUCUUAACAGACUAUAUUCUCAAAGUGCUUUGCCCAACGUAGACCAAGGAUGGUGCCUAACACUCUGCAGAGGCUUCAGAUAGUUUACCAUGGCAACAAGAUGAAGAGGACCCAUUGUGUUUUUUUUUCAGACAUGAAGCACACUUAAUUUAUUCCUGCAUGUUUUUUUCCUCAAGAUGUGUCUUUUUUGUGUUCUAUUCUUCAUUUAGUUGUAUUUAUUUUGUGUUGUGAUUUUGCAAAAAAUGUGUGUUCGUGUGAAAUUUGACUUACUUUUCUUGUUUUUAAUUUUCUUGCACUGUGAAAGAGUAGUCUAAAAACACUAAAUUAUAUGAGAAAUAUACCCAGAUAGACAUACCAGCAUAGGAGCUGCACUGUUUGGAAACUGAGCUUCGCUUGUUGGUUGUAAGUAAGAGCAGAGCUACGAUGCAAAGGGCCUUUUAUUUAUGUGAAGUGCUUAACUAUUCACUGAGCAAUGAGCAAAUGCACAAAGCCCAUUGAACACAGAGUUUUAACACAUAAAGAGAGUUUGUGAAGCAUCAAAACUGUAAACAGAAGAGUAAAAUAAGAUUUAAAAAAAUUAGUAUUACAGCAGGACACGAGAAAGAUUGGAGGUGUAAGAUAAAGAAACAAAUAAAUGAGUUAGUUACCUUGUGCAUAAACCAUCAUAUAAUUCAACACAGCUUUCCAUGUAGCAGCAGAAAACCUGUGCUAUCUGUGUUCAUCUCAGCAGAACAAUAAAUACAUCAUUAUUAUUACACUAUGGAAGAGAAAGAGUUGAUGGUCAUGGUGAUGAAGUCUGGACUGAAAUUAACUAAUUAACUAUGCAUUUGAGUGAAUACUGAAUUGUGACCCAUGCACUGUCUGUACCUUUGUGACGCUGACUGGAACUCUGAAUCAGAGACUGCAGCGUCGACGUGCCUGCUGUGCACACCAUGAAUGGGCAUUAUUAAUCUGUAUGUAUUCUUGUAUAUGAACAAGCUGCCUUUGCCUUUGCCUGAACUUUUGUACAUUAUAAAUGACUUAUUUUCAUUGAAUGUCAAAUUGCUGGACUACUUACAGAACCUGCUUCAUUGUUAAUUUAUUUUGUAAAUAUUUUAUUUCAAAUAUAUUGAUAAA